AAAAAAAAAGGCCAAUUGGCUUUCCUGUCGAUAUCCCUUCCUGAUCCACCAGCCGCUUUAACCAUGUAACUGGCAAACCCGCGUAUCCGAUCCAUGGACCUUUUCGCAGCAGGCUUCAACGCCUGGCACCAGCUCUCCAUCAAUUGCUACGUCAGUCAAGAUGCCCAAAUCUCAAAGGAGGAGCCUCAUGACCUCCCUCGCUUUACAAAAGUUCUUUCCGCAACGACUAUCAAACGACCAGUCUCUCGACUCACUUACACCAUCGUUCAUCGAGAUGGGGGCCUCAUCGUCGCCGGCUUAGGCCCCAAAACCCUGGAAGAAGCCGAGGCCGAGUUUCUCUACACGUCAGCCGAAACUGCCUCCGGGGAACUUUUAGCCAUUGUCCCCGACAAAGAUGGCGACGGCAACGACAGCAACAAGCUGGUAAAGUACUCGUCCUUAUCGUCUCGAAGAGCCGGCGCCCAGCCAGAGUCCAUCUUCGACUGCCACCCUCCAGCCACGCAAGUCGCUGCGUUCGACACCGGCUUCGUCAUCCUCCAUUCUGACGGCUCGGUCUCUACUUUUGGCGACUCUCGCUUUGAAGCUUGUCUCGGAAGAGACACUGAUACGCCAGAUCGACCAUCUGAUAAGCCGGGCCCGGUACCCGACCUCAAUGACAUCGCGUCGGCCGAUGACCCAUUCAAGCUCGUCACCGCCGGCGGAACUGCUGUGGCGGCGCUGACGAGCACCAGCCGCAGCGUCUACGUCUGGGGCUGCUCUCCGCCAUCGGCAGCUUCGAAAACAUCAGCAAGUAGCUCCCAGACUCGUCGUCGGGGACAUGCUUUUCAAGAGCUGUCGGGCGUGCCCAACUAUACGGAAGUCGACGGUGGAAAAGACGUCGUGGAUGUUGCCUUGGGAGAAGCUCAUGCCAUUGCACUGACCCUGGAUGGACUAAUCUAUGUGAUUGGUGAGAAUGGUAAUGGUCAGCUUGGGCUUGGGAAAGAAGUUGAAAGAGCAGAGACAUGGAUGAGAGUUCCGUUCCUCGCUGCAGAUGGAUAUGAGAUUGUGGGUGUGGCGGCUGGUCCGCGAGCGUCUUUCAUUCUGACCGCCAAAUCAUAGAUGGCUUUGUUGUCGCAGCAGAGCCUACUGAAAGGGGGAAAGGAGGAGAUUUGUUUAUUUGGAGUGCUCUAUUCAGAAGCAUCCGGGCGUGUGUUGCUUUACAUGCAAGAAGCAUUGACGCUUUUAUUGCUCUAUCUGUUUUAGCACUGGGUCCAGCUUCCAUGAGAGGCAACUGACUGGAAGUAGCCAUUCAUCGUGCCAAAUAUUUUUGUCAAUGAAGCUUUUAUGCCUCGUUAUUUACACCAAAGCCUGUAUAUCAUUACUCAGAACAUGGGCAUGUCUAUAGUAGAAUUGGCACCUUUUAUUCCAACCGCCAAGACAUGAAUGAGUUGCCACAGCAGUUUGCUAAAGCUCAAAUCAAG